UGAUGAGCACACCAUUAUUAGGACCCCACUGCUAGAAAAGUUGCUGUUUGGGGGAUCAUCUUGCCUACCUCCCACCCAGCUGCAUCUUCUGUGGUCACAGGCUCCUUCACUCAUGGGGCCAGCCUGGGCCCGGGUCCACUUGACAGGUGAUCACUGGCUGCCUCUGCUCUGGCUACUCCUGUCCCCAGCCUGCUGCUCCCAUGCCCUCCCAGGAUGGCGCUUCACUUCCUCUGAGGUUGUGAUCCCCAGGAAGGUGUCCCACAGGGUGGGUGGAACUGAGAGACAAGGCCAGCUGUCCUAUAAGAUUCACUUCAGGGGCCAAAGACAUGUGCUUCACAUGAAAAUCAAGAAGAACCUGCUGCCCAGACAUUUUCCUGUUAUCACCGAGAAUGAUCAGGGCGCCAUGCAGGAUGACUACCCCUUUGUCCCUCGAGACUGCUACUACUAUUGCUACCUGGAAGGGGUUCCCGGCUCCAUGGGCACACUGGACACCUGCUACGGGGGUCUGCAUGGCAUGCUGCAGGUGGAUGACUUCACUUAUGAAAUAAAACCACUGGAGGCUUCUUCUGAAUUUGAGCAUGUGGUUUCUCUGCUUGUGUCAGAAAGAAGAUCGUCAGAGGCUGAAAGGUGUACGAUUGAAGAGCGAGACACAAAUCAAGAAUACGAAGAGGCAGUCCUUGCCGGAACUCCUAGAGCAGCCCCUGUGUAUUUGUGGUGGCCACAUAAGAAAUACUUAAAAAUCCACUACACAGUUUCUCACUCAUUAUUUCUGUUGAACACUAAUAUCACACGUAUAGUAGAGAAUGUAGUGAUUUUCAACAACAUACUACAUACCAUCUACAAACCAGCUCUCUUAGAUGUCAACAUACGUGUUUUGUGCAUAUGGAAUAGAGUAGACAUGGUGGAUUAUGAGGAAUACGUACGAAUUAGUGACUUGAUGUCUUAUUUUGGUGUGUGGAAAUACUGGGGUUGGUAUGGAGAUAUUCCUCAUGAUACUUCAAUGCUUCUUACAGGACAUAAGCUCUAUGGGGCCUCAUAUUAUGGCCAAUACGAUGGAGUGUGCAACCCCAACUGGGGCGUGUCGUAUGUAUAUAUGGCAAGAUAUCACAUAUUUUGGU